UACACGAGUUCACGAACGGGCGCAGCUCCAAAAGGUCGCCCCGACUCUAAACAUUUACCAAAAAAAAAAAUUUAAUUAGCCAGGUCCAAGAGUCCAAGUCAAAUUCCAUUGUGCCGCCAUCAUACGGGGCUAAAAAGUUAACUGCCAGUUAAUAACGAGUCCCGCGAAGUACAGUCAGAUCAAAACAGGUGUUAUUUGGUCCCGAAAACUAAACGUACAGUUGCGCCAAAACACAUUGUGAUAUGUAUUUUACUUAAUGCAAUGUCCACUUCAAUUUAUUUAGAACCAACUGUAGCCUAUUAAAGGUUCUACUUGUUUUCAUUCAAUCAUAUGCUUAUGUGUGUAAUAGGAUUACACAAUAUAAACCGAAACGCAAUUUAUAUAUGAAUGUACAUUUUGAAAUACGAACGCAUAGGAUUGGACAGUAAUGCGGAUGUUAAACUAUUAUGCUCCACUAUUGGGGGAUAUUCCAUAUCGAAACCGGUACUUUUAAAAGUGGCGCCAAACUAAAACCGAUAUUAUAGCAUUCACACUUGGCUGCAUUUUUCUUUUGCUCUUCUGAAGUAACUGUAGAUGCGGGUGUCAAGCAAAACAGAAAUAAUUUCAAUAUUUGCAAAGCCCAAACUUGCAUCUUCAUUAAAAUACAAGAACUAAACAUAUAGCAGUUAAGUACACUUUCCUUUUGGCCGAAUUUGGACAGUGAGAACAUUAUAUUGGGCAUUGUAAUGUUCUGUUAUCGAAAGCAUCUUGUGGCGCCAAUUAUCGGCUAUCGACGAUACGUUGCAAAAAACAAAAGCGUAAACAACAUGUGCGAAUCGGUUACUCCGGCGGAUCAGCGCAAUGUGGAGGUGAAGGCACGGAUUCCGGGUGGAUCUGAGGGCUUUGAGCAGCGCCUAAUCUUGGCCAGAAACCUGAGCGGCAGCCAGGAUGCGCAGUUAAUCGAGCAGAGGGACGUCUUCUUUGAAUCUCCGCUGGGUGGACGGCUUAAAUUGCGCUACUUACAGACGCCAUCGCGCUCCCAAUUGGUCUACUACGAUCGUCCCGAUGUGGCCGGUCCCAAGCUUUCCAAGUUCAACAAGACGGAGGUGGACGAACCGGAGGUGCUGGAGAAGAUCCUGAGCCAGUCGAACGGCGUACUUGGUGUCCUGGCCAAGCGACGGCACUUGUUCCUUUGCGGACAGACGCGCAUCCACCUGGACGAGGUAAAGGAUCUGGGAUACUUCAUGGAACUGGAGGUGUGCCUGACAGAGGAUCAAACCCUCGAGGAGGGUCAAGCCAUUGCCGAGAAACUGUCCAGGGAACUGGGUAUCCAGGAGGCGGACCUCAUGAUCGGCUCGUAUUUCGAUGCUCUCAGAAAGCUCAAUCAUUAAUCAUUCAUUUUGUACAUCCUCGUUAGGAUUAGUUCUGUACCCAAAAAAUGGGACUCUGUCUUGUAUCAUAGAAUUACCAACAUUUGUUAUCCAUAAAACAUUCUGUGAGGCAAACAAAAAAUGUAUGUAUGUAAAUG